AUGUCACCACCAACUCAAAUAGCAACAAACCCAGGGUAUUUCCCCGAAUUCGACACAAACUCUGAAACAUGGACGCUCUGGGAAACCCGUCUGGCGAAUCAUCUCAACUACCAUAUGAUUUCAGACUCGGAUAGACGUAAAUGCGCGCUGAUCGCGUACAUGGGAGCAGAUGCCUUCCGAAAGAUAAACGAUAAGGUAUUUCCCGAUCGAAAAAUUGACGAUUUAUCCUACGAGGAGAUUGUCAGUACUCUCAAAUCCGUUUUCGAGCCGCAUCUCAACAAAUGGUCGGCUCGAGGACGAUUCCGGGAGCUACGCCAGGAGGCCGGCGAGUCGCUGCUGGGUUUCGAGGGAAGACUCCGUAAAAGCUCCAUCGAAUGCGUUUGGGAUCAGCGAAAUUUGCAAGAAAAUCUGAGCGAACAAUUCAUCCGUGGUCUCGCCGACGUGAGAGCAAAACAGUUCGUCCUCAUGAAGUCCGAAAAAAUGGAGAAGUUCUCCGAAAUCUUCGAUCUCGCCGACAGUUUCUUCAAAGUACAGAAAGCGACUGCGGCGUCAACCGAUCCGAAGAACUCCGGUAUCAACAAGCUCUCAAGUCGAUCAAAACAACAUCAUUCGAAUCGAUUCCACCCGCAAAACCAAGGCAGUUCGGGCUCGAAACCUCGAAACUCUACGCAAAACCGGGCUAACCUUGACUGCUAUCGCUGCGGGGACAGAAAUCACCUUGCUCCCGCAUGCCAAUACAAAUCAGUAACUUGCAAUAAUUGCGGGCUCGUCGGACACCUCACGAGGGCUUGCAGGAAACCUCGGCAAUCUCAACACUUCAUCGAAGAAAUACCUUUUCACCAUGUCAACUCGAAAAACCCCAUCUACGUGACAGUAUCACUCAACGGUCAUCAAGUUGAUAUGGAAGUGGAUACGGGAAGCGGAAUCUCGACGAUGACGCUCGACCAAUUCCGUUCUAUCGCACCGGACCACAGGCUCCACGAAAAUGACAUAAGUCUGAAAUCUGCAACGGGGGAAAACUUCGAGCCUCAUUCUUACUCAGACAUCGAAGUCAGUUACGGAAACGUUACGAAAAACCUUCGGCUGUAUGUGUUCAACAAACCGAAUUUCCCUACCCUGAUAGGAAGAGACUGGCUAAGAAACAUCCCCAUGGAUUGGACAGCCUUGCUCAAAAAUGGCUCCGUAUACAACUGCAAAGAAAUUCUUCCCAAUACACUCGCUGAGGUCGUUGGAACUCACACUUGUAUAAACCUCGGUGAAGAGAGCGGCAUUGACGUCCUGCCCUCCAUUCCGUUCAUAAUCUCGCCGCUGGUCUCGUUACUCAAGCCUGAAAAAAUGUGA